AUGAGAAGAAGUCAUCUAUGCCUACUAUUGUUGGUGGCAGCCCCUGCAGUUUGCCUCGCCAAAUCUUCUUCUUCUGCCUCCCAGAAAAACAAUGGCAUGAUGGCAGUGGAACCGUAUUUGGGCGAAUGGUGCGCCAAACAAUUUCGACCGCAAUUGGCCAAUUUUUCGGGUUUUGACAUGGCGCGGUUACUGACGCAUCAUGUCAAGAUUGAACCCUUCUUGGGAGAAUGGUGUUUUGAUCAAUUCCCCCAAUAUCUCGCCAUUCUCGAUCGAUCUCGAUCCUUUUCCGAUUUGCAAUCCUCGCAUAUUCCCAUUGAACAAUUCCUCCGUCACUGGUCGCAACGAUCACUCGCCAAUUUGCAACAGCAGCAACUUGAUACAACACAACAAGACGACGACGGUAUUCCCACAGUCGCAACGCCCAGUCAAGAUGCUGCUAUUUUGGUCGACAUUGAACCCUAUUUGGGCGAAUGGUGUGUCUGGCAAUAUCCACACCAUUUGAAACGCAUCGAACACACGGUUUUUCAAGAUGUCGCCGAAACCCACAUUAAAUUGGAACCCAUCUUGGCACGAUGGUGCUUUGCACAAUUCCCACAGCAAUUGGAUGGGUUGAACAAUCCACAUGUCAUUGGGGAAAUCUUUCAACAUCACGAAUCUGUGGAAAAUCAACUUUUGCAGUGGAGUUUGACCAAUAUCAAUAAUAUGGCAACCACAACUACAACAGAAUCAUCGAGUAGUGCGAACAAUGCCGCCGUGGUCGUACUGUCAUUGGCAUUGGCGGGGUGUUUUGCGGCGUUGGUGGCCGUGCUGUUUCUGCAGCAGCAGGGUGCUACUAGUUUGCUGCCAUGGAAUAAUCAAAAUGAAAAGACGACGACAACAAGAUCAUACAACCGGCGAGCCACCACGCAAUGGAUUGAUGGUGGCGAAGCCAGAAGGUGUGAGGAUCCAAGUGAAAAUGAAGUUGAUUCCUCCAUUGUACUAGUACAAGAAGGACCAGAAACAGCACCCGAAAGUAGCAGCCACAACGACGAGAGAAUCGUGCCACCAAUCAGUUAG